CUCAAGGUAAUCUUUCGUUGUACAUUGAAAUGUCGAAAUGGUUCAGUUCUACUAGUGGGUCCUGCCUUUCAACACACAUCUAAUAUGUAUCUAUCUGUGUUUAUCAUUGCCCUAAUAUCCACCCUUUGUCAGAAGAACUUGGUCAAAGCCCAAGACGACAAUCAGCACCUCACUUACUCCAUCAAGACCGAAUGGAAUGGAGAGCCCAUCAAGCAUCAGCCUACCAAUAUCACCAUUUCUGUUAACUCUGAAGGCUCUCUCACAUUGGAUAUUGAAGCCACUUUCUUCAACACGACCAACCCGAAUGCCGAAUUGGUGAAUGAGGCUCAUUGCCCGCAACGGCCAACUGACCAUAUCUACAUCUAUGAGGUCGUGGAGGCUUUCUUCCUAAAUGAUGCCGGCGAUUACUACCAACUUGAGUUAGCUCCCAAUGGCCAGUACAGUAACCAUUUGUUCUCUGGAUACAGGGACCGACUCUUGUUUACACUUCCAAUGUUUGGAAUGGAACCUGUGGUCGAAAACAAUUGCGAAAACUCUGGGAUUGAUAAAGAAGAGGAAUGUGUUUGGACUGCGAGGGUGACCAUUCCCAGAGAGUUCCUUCCCAAGGAUGUGACUAAGUUCAACGCUGCCGCAAUUCAUAACGAAUUUGUGGAAGGAGAGCGUAUUACCCGCUAUGAAGCUCUUUAUCCAACCGGCGAAGACGUCAUUGAGGCUGAUUUUCAUUAUUUUGAAGCUUUCCAAGAGAUUGACUUGACCUCCAUCGCAUUCUCGACCAAAACGGAACCUGAGCUAUGGACCCAGGCCAAAUCUGAAGAUCAAUUUAUUACCAGGGACUUCAAAUUGACCCGCUCUUUCGACUGUCUCAAGGAAAAAUCCGAGGACUCCAUCUUUCACACUGAGAGAGGUGAAGGUCAUCUGAAGCUCAAUGUAUCGAUCAUCAACAAGUCCCCCUUCAAAGCCAACAUUCCUGAAGCCCUUCAAGCCUCUGGCACUAAUGAAGAGCUCUUCAACGACCUUUACGAGUCAGCUUGGGUUACCUUUAGCAAUGCUCGAGGUCAGUCCCUUAGGGUUGGACUCAAUCCCUAUGGCACGUAUCAAAUCAGUCUCUUAUCGAACGGGGAGAUUCGGAAGAACAUUGUUUUGGACGAGCCUUUAGAUUGCAAGCCCUUUGAGCAAUUAUCCUGGGCAUGUCAGGUGGAGAUUUCCAAUGAUCUCUUCCCCAUGAAUGUCACCCAAUUCCAAAUGGUUCAUUAUCAUACCCCGUUGUUCAAUGAGACCACCAAUGAACGAGACCCAGAAAAUGAAAUCAUCGCUACUAUUUGUCCAGGAACCUUGGAAGGAGCUGAAAGAGAGAUUGAUUGGGUUGGAUGCGAGACUGAGAACCGAUUGUUUGUGGAUGACAAGACCAAUGCUGUAGUCUCCCAGGUCUGGGCUGAACUCCUCACUGAGACCACAACCGUCACUGACAUUCCUGAUACCACGGAAUCCACCGAAACUUCUCAAUCCUCUGACGGCGCUGGCAAUUGAAAAGAUUACAUGAUACGGAAAAUGAUAACUUAUCUUUAAAAAGGAGAGUUAAACGCAAUGUUGUUUUUGAGCUGAAUUGGCAUAAUUUAGGCUCAUUUUUUGUUGAAAUGUGUAUUACUAUCCUUAAAUAUAUACGAAAUUGUC